UUCUCGAAAGAGCAAGGAUGAGGCGCUAGUCAGCGUCACUCGCGGCGGUCAUUGAACUUUUACCUUCGCCAGUCGACAGCACCGCCAGCACCGCCAACACCGCGCAUCCACGCCGCCAUCGCCAGCGCAUCUGUGCCCGUGUGCCUUUAUCCCCUAAUAUUUCUGUUCCUCUUCUUUGGCAUUUUCGGCGUUAGGAGAUAGCCACGACGUGAUUGAUCGCGCGGCGCAACCUUCGAUCACUACCGCAUUACACCCCAUCCAACGCCUUCAAUAUGGGAGUCUGGGAUGUAUUAACUGGCAAGACGUCGUCGACGGCAGCAGCCUCGCAAUCGCCGCAGGAACCACACGACAACUUCUCCGUGUCGCCAUCCGCGCCUGCGCCCGCCGUCUUCGAUCCCACCACGGCCAUUCAGAACCCCGCAGAAUUCAUCCUCGAUCCCUCGCAAUUACAUCCCCUGGCCGGCCUGAACCAGGACACGCUCGAUUACCUCUCUCUCGAAGACUCGGCGCCCGUCGACCAUUCGGCACUCCCCAGCCGCGGUUGGUCGGACGACCUCUGCUACGGUACCGGCGUCAGCUACCUGACGGCUCUGACAAUUGGUGGCGCAUGGGGGCUGUCCGAGGGCCUGCAGAAGAACCCUGCUUCGAUGCCACCUAGGUUGCGCCUGAACGGAGUUCUGAACGCCGUCACAAGACGAGGGCCUUUUCUGGGCAACAGUGCCGGUGUCAUUGCCUUGGUCUACAACGGUACCAACAGCACCAUUGGUGCCCUCCGCGGCAAGCACGACCCCACCAACAGCGUUGUGGCCGGCGCGAUUUCUGGCGCGAUUUUCAAGAGCACACGGGGAACACGGCCAAUGGCCAUCAGUGCAGCUAUCUGCGCGUCUGUAGCAGGCACAUGGGCUAUCACACGAAAGGUUUUCUUCGAGCCUGCCCCUGAGGCGUAAACACUCACGAUCCGCCGCAAACGACCUGAGCAAACAACGCAGACCAUGAACAGAUGAACAGUCUGCCGCUUUUCACUUCGAUAUUCGACCUUUUUGCAUCGCUUUUGCUCGAUUCGGCGUCCUUCUCACCACUCUCCACGUGGGCACUGCCCACUGUACAAUACCUGUGUCAACGGUGGAGAAUAUUGAGUGCAUGUUCAUUAGAUAAGAACGGGCGGUCUUCAGCUUCUUGGGUUCAAGAGCACGUGGUGGUGUGUAUUGCGUAUCUAUGUAAGACCUAUGGACGGCGCAAAAUAAUGCAUACUGAAACA